UGAACUCUAAAGGAGACCAGAAGAUGAAAUAAACAUCUGGAGGAGCUCAGCCCCUUCACCCCUCUCCCAGAAGCAUGGCGGGCCUACAGCUCAUCACUCCGGCCACUUCGCCCAUGGGGCCCUUCUUCGGUCUGCCAUGGCAGCAGGAGGCCAUUCACGACAACAUCUACACACCCCGGAAAUAUCAGGUGGAACUUCUUGAAGCAGCUCUUGAACGCAACACGAUUGUCUGCUUGAACACGGACUCAGGGAAAACUUUCAUCGCCGUGCUUCUGACUAAGGAGCUCUCCCAUCAGAUCAGAGGGAGCUACCAGGGGAAUGCCAGGAGAACUGUGUUCCUGGUGGACUCAGCGUCGUAUGUGGUUCAGCAAGCGGCUGCAGUCAGAACUCACUCGGACCUCCAGGUGGGAGAAUACACAGACUGGGAGGAGGCGUCGGCGUGGACGGGUCAGCGGUGGAGUCGGGAGAUAUGUGACAAUCAGGUUCUGGUGAUGACGUGCCACGUGUUCCUGCAUGUUCUGAAGAACGACAUCCUGCCGUUGUCUAAGAUCAACCUGCUGGUGCUUGAUGAUUGUCACCUGGCCAUCACAGAGCACCCAUAUGGUGACAUCAUGAAGCUGUUUAAAGACACAGGUGGCCCUCGGAUCCUGGGCCUCACGGCCUCCAUCCUUAACGGGAAGUGUGAUCCUUCAGAACUGGAGCAGAAAAUCCAGAACCUGGAGAGAAUCCUGAAGAGUAAAGCUGAAACAGCCACUGACCUGGUGGUCCUGGAUAGGUACGCUUCCCAGCCGAGGGAGGUGGUUCUGGACUGUGGACCCUACCUGGACAAAAGCGGCCUCUCGAGCCGUUUACGGGCAGAACUGGACGAAGCUCUUCUCUUCCUCGGUGACUGUAACACGGCCGGUUCCCGAGACGACCGGGACCCGACGUUUAUCUCCAAACAGAUCUUGAGCGACUGCCAGGCUGUGCUGCAGGUUCUGGGUCCCUGGUGUGCUGACAAGGCCGCGGGCAUCAUGGUGCGUGAGCUGCAGAAGUACAUCAAACAUGAGCAGGAGGAGCUGAACCGCAAGUUUCUGCUGUUCACCGACACCAUCCUGCGGAAAGUCCACGCUCUGUGUGAGGAGCGCUUCUCCCCUGCUUCCCUGGACCUGAAGUUUGUCACACCCAAGGUCCUGAGACUGCUGGAGAUCCUGCACGAAUACAAACCUUUGGAGCGGCAGCAGUUCGAGAGCGUUGAGUGGUACAACAACCGGAACCAGGACAACUACGUGUCCUGGAGCGAUUCAGAAGAUGACGAUGAAGACGAGGAGGUGGAGGCCAACGAGAGGCCUGAGACUAACUUCCCCUCCCCCUUCACCAACAUUCUGUGUGGGAUCAUCUUUGUGGAGAGGCGCUACACGGCGGUGGUCCUGAACCGAUUGAUCAAAGAGGCGGGGAAGCAGGACCCGGAGCUGGCCUACAUCAACAGUAACUUCAUCACCGGCCACAGCAUCGGGAAGAACCAGCCGAGGAACAAACAGAUGGAGGUGGAGUUCAGGAAACAGGAGGAGGUCCUGAGAAAGUUCCGAGCUCAUGAAACCAACCUUCUGAUCGCCACCAGCAUCGUGGAGGAAGGCGUGGACAUCCCAAAGUGCAACCUGGUUGUGCGAUUCGACCUUCCCGCAGACUACCGGUCCUAUGUCCAGUCCAAAGGCCGAGCCCGUGCCCCUGUCUCCAACUACAUCAUGCUGGCUGACUCUGAGAGGACCAAGAGCUUUGAGGAGGAUCUGACCACCUACAAGGCCAUCGAGAAGAUCUUGAGGAACAAGUGUUUCAAGUCAGUGGAGGUGGGCGAGUUGGAAGCAGAUCAGGCCUUGGAUGAUGAUGACGUCCUUCCUCCAUACGUCCUGCAGUCAGAGGACGGAGGUCCACAGGUCACCAUCAACACGGCCAUCGGACACAUCAACAGGUACUGUGCUCGACUGCCGAGCGACCCAUUCACUCACCUGGCGCCCAAAUGUAAAACCAUGGAAACCAAGGACCGAAGCUUCCAGUCCACUCUCUACUUACCCAUCAACUCUCCUCUGAGAGUUCCUGUUAAGGGUCCCAUCAUGGUCUGCUCCCGCCUGGCAGAGAAAGCUGUGGCGCUUGUCUGCUGUGAGAAGCUUCAUAAAAUAGGUGAGCUGGAUGAUCACCUGAUGCCUGUAGGAAAGGAAACCGUAAAGUAUGAAGAGGAGCUGGACCUGCACGAUGAGGAGGAGACGAGCGUCCCGGGUCGGCCUGGGUCCACUAAGAGACGACAGUGCUACCCUAAAGCCAUACCGGAGUGUCUGCGGGACAGUUACACCAUCCUGGAGCAGACCUACUUCCUGUACGUGGUUGGGAUGGUCCUCACCACUCCUCUCCCUGAUGAACUCAAUUUUCGCAGAAGGAAGCUGUACCCGCCUGAGGACACCACCCGCUGCUUCGGCAUCCUGACGGCCAAACCCAUACCUCGUAUCCCUCACUUCCCAGUGUACACCCGUUCAGGUGAGGUGACCAUCUCCAUCGAGUUACAGAAAAGUGGCUUCAUGCUCAGCGCUGCCCAGCUGGACCUCAUCACACGCAUGCAUCAGUACAUCUUCUCACACAUCCUCCGCUUGGAGAAACCUGCCCUGGAGUUCAAGCCCACGCAGGCUGACUCGGCGUACUGCGUUCUACCUUUGAACGUUGUUGGAGACUCCCACACUCUGGAUAUGGACUUUAAGUUCAUGGAAGACAUAGAGCAGUCUGAGGCCCGCACAGGCAUUCCCACCACUAAGUACACCAAGCAGAAUCCUUUCAUCUUCAAGCUGGAGGACUACCAGGAUGCUGUCAUCAUUCCAAGGUACCGUAACUUUGACCAGCCUCAUCGUUUCUACGUUGCUGACGUGUAUACAGACCUGACACCACUCAGCAAGUUUCCCUCACCAGAGUAUGAGACGUUCGCUGAGUACUACAAAACAAAGUAUAACCUGGACCUGUCCAACCUGAACCAGCCUCUUCUGGACGUGGACCACACGUCCUCCAGACUGAACCUGCUGACCCCCCGACACCUGAACCAGAAGGGGAAAGCUCUGCCUUUGAGCAGCGCGGAGAAGAGGAAGGCUAAGUGGGAGAGCCUGCAGAACAAACAGAUCCUGGUUCCGGAGUUGUGUGCCAUCCACCCCAUUCCUGCCUCUUUGUGGAGGAAAGCUGUGUGUCUGCCCAGCAUCCUGUACCGCCUCCACUGCCUGCUGACAGCCGAGGAGCUGCGGGCCCAGACGGCUUCUGAGGCUGGGGUGGGGGCCCACACCCUCCCCCCAAACUUCAGGUACCCGAACCUGGACUUUGGCUGGAAGAGAUCCAUCGAUAUCAAGACAUUCAGCUCCUGUCCCGAGUCCUGCACUGAUGAAGCUGACUGUAGGCACCAGAAUCUCACCCCCCAAACACUUCCCAGCCAUCCCCAGGGUCCCUGCACCCAGACCCUAACCAACGGCACUACAUUUGACCGCGACGGGCACCAACAGGAGUGCAGCUCUUCCGAACCCAGAUUUGACUCUACCUCAGUUCCUGUGCCACACCUCCUCAGCCCCUGUCCUCCCCACCCCCUGCAUGAAUGUACCACAGAGAGAACCUCUCACCAUGACAACGCUACCUCAGACUUCCCCAACCUCACCGUCAACCAAGACUCCCCCAGGAACCUGGGGCCCAACCCCGGCCUGAUCUUGCAGGCUCUGACUCUGUCCAAUGCCAGCGACGGAUUCAACCUGGAGCGCUUGGAGAUGCUGGGAGACUCCUUCCUGAAACACGCCAUCACUACCUACCUGUUCUGCACCUACUCGGAUGCCCAUGAGGGCCGGCUCAGCUACAUGCGCAGCAAAAAGGUGAGCAACUGUAACCUGUACCGUUUGGGGAAGAAGAAGGGUCUCCCCAGCAGAAUGGUGGUGUCCAUCUUUGAUCCUCCUGUGAACUGGCUUCCCCCUGGUUACGUGGUGAACCAGGACAGGAGCACCGACAAACUGGACCUAGACGAGGCGAGAGAGGAGCUAGUGUCCAACGGGAGGUCUGUGAAUGACUUUGAAGAUGAGGAGCGGGAUGAUGUGGGUGAGGACUUGGAUGAAGAUGAGUUGUUGCUGAAAGAUGAGCCAAAAGAUGACGUCAACAUGGAGGAUGACCUGGAGUACUACAAGGAGCACAUCCGCUUUAUCGACAACAUGCUUCUGGGCUCUGGCGCUUUUGGAAAGAAGAUCUCUCUGAGCACCUUUCCCCCUUCCCCCAGCCCAGCUUCAGGCUCCUCCCCCUCCUUGGACCCCUCCUAUGAAUGGAAAGCCCCCAAGAAGCCUGCCCAUUUUGCUGAGCAAGCGAUAGCAGCUGAGGAAUUCGAUUACAGCUCUUGGGACGCCAUGUGUUACCUGGACCCUAGCAAGGUGGGGGAGGAAGAUGACUUUGUGGUGGGGUUUUGGAACCCAUCGGAGGAGAACUGCGGCACUGAUCUAGGGAAGCAGUCCAUCUCCUACGACCUGCACACGGAGCAGUGCAUUGCCGACAAGAGCAUCGCUGACUGCGUGGAGGCUCUUCUGGGCUGCUAUCUGACCAGCUGUGGCGAGAGAGCUGCCCAGAUGUUCCUCUGCUCUCUGGGCUUGAAGGUCUUACCGGUGGAGAGGGAACUCCAGCGAGCUGCAGUGGUGCUUGGUGGUGCACACCCAGCUGUGGACCAGACUUACGGCUGGCUGAAGAUUCCGCCGCGCUGCAUGCUGGACCAUCCGGACGCUGAGCGAACGCUGCAUCACCUGAUUUCUGGCUUUGAGAACUUUGAGAAGAAAAUCAACUACAGGUUUGAGAACAAGGCGUACCUGCUGCAGGCCUUCACCCACGCCUCCUACCACUACAACACCAUCACUGAUUGUUACCAGCGACUGGAGUUUCUUGGCGAUGCAAUCUUAGACUACCUCAUAACGAAGCACCUUUACGAAGACCCGCGGCAGCACUCGCCCGGCGUGCUGACCGACCUGCGCUCGGCACUCGUCAACAACACCAUCUUUGCCUCGCUGGCUGUGAAAUAUGACUACCACAAGUAUUUCAAGUCCAUCUCGCCGGAGCUGUUCUACGUCAUUGACGACUUUGUGCAGUUUCAGUUGGAGAAGAAUGAGAUGCAGGGCAUGGACUCUGAGCUGCGACGCUCUGAAGAAGACGAGGAGAAGGAGGAGGACAUCGAAGUCCCAAAGGCAAUGGGGGACAUCUUUGAGUCUCUGGCUGGAGCCAUUUACAUGGACAGCAGGAUGUCUCUGGAGACGGUGUGGAAGGUCUAUUACCCGAUGAUGAGGCCUCUCAUCGAGAAAUUCUCCGCUAACGUGCCGCGUUCUCCCGUCAGGGAGCUGCUGGAGAUGGAACCAGAAACAGCCAAGUUCAGCCCUGCAGAGCGCACGUACGACGGGAAGGUGCGAGUGACGGUGGAGGUGGUCGGGAAGGGCAAGUUUAAAGGAGUGGGCCGCAGCUACCGGAUUGCCAAGUCAGCCGCAGCCCGACGAGCCCUGCGCAGCCUCAAAGCCAAUCAACCUCAGGUCCAGAACAACUGAGCCGAGAGCGCGCAGAGCCACCGGCUGUGACCACGGCAUUCCCACCGCUCUAAUGGGAACGGGACGUGG